CACAAUGGGCAGACGUGUCUUAGAAUAAAGGGGAGGCCAUUUAAGACUGAGGUGAGAAAAAACUUUUACAUCCAGAGAGUUGUGAAUUUGUGGAAUUCCCUGCCACAGAGGGCAGUGGAGGCCAAGUCACUGGAUGGGUUUAAGAGAGAGUUAGAUAGAGCUCUAGGGGCUAGUGUAGUCAAGGGAUAUGGGGAGAAGGCAGGCACGGGUUACUGAUUGGGGACGAUCAGCCAUGAUCGCAAUGAAUGGCGGGGUGGGAGAUUGCAACCUUCAUUUGGCCCGCCCUGUCCCAACUAAUGCAAUCAACCUGGCGUGCACAAUCAAAUAAGAUCAAAUAGAACAAGUUGUUCCUACAACUUUAGGCUGUGCACACCAUACGCAAGAAGAAGAAGAAGCAAUGAAUGGCGGUGCAGGCUCGAAGGGCAGAAUGGCCUCCUCCUGCACCUAUUUUCUAUGUUUAUGUAACUCAGCGGGUCGCAACUUAACCUCCAAGCCCGCACAUCUUUGGGAUGUGGGAAGAGACGGAGGAAGCCCUGCAGGGUGAUGGGGAAACUGUUCAAACAUCCGCACUGAGACAGCACCCAAGGUCAGGAUCGAACCUGGGACUCCGUUGUAGUCAGUCAGCAGCUCUACCCGCUGCGCCAUUGUGCUGCCCCAGGUUCAUCGCUGACAUCACGCCUUGCUGGGAAUUCUUAUGACAGCAUAAAAGGCUGGAACUGUAAAGGCUGCUCGUUAAACUGACGUUCAACAGCGUCUACUCCAACGGGACCAGCGAGCGAUGUUUUAACGCUGGGAGUCGGACUGGGACGGCAAUGAGGACGGUAGCUGGUGCAGUGGCAAUCGCCGGCUUCUGGCUGGCUCUCCUGGGCAAGACAGAGGGCUGCAUGCUCUGUGCUUUGCCGCACAAGAGAAUACGGGCCAGGUUUGCCAUGCUGUGCACAGCGUACAAGAGCUUGAACGAGACUGCCAACUGCACCAAGUACACAGAGGCAGACCUGGCCAAGUUUGAGAUUGAUGAAACCACAGUCAACAUGCUGGCGGAGAAGGUUCACCGUGUUCUUCGUGUUAUAGAGUUCAACCAGACACUGAAAGAUUUGCCCAAAUUCUGGGACUGGCUUUAUGAGAAAAAGCUUCCACAACUGACGAGGGAGUCUAUGUGUGCCCCCAAAUGCAGAAUAUCCACCAAGGUCAUUAACUGCAAGCUGUGUCGGGAGGUGAAGGUCAACUGCUGGACGAUGAAGACUUGUUGGCCGAAGAUGCUUGAUCUGCAAGAAUCCGUCUUCCUGAUCCUCGGUCUGUCGGCUGGUUCCAUCUUGAUCGGUUUUGUGACGCUAAUUUUCGAAUCGCGCAACUUACGGGCAAAGACGGAGAAAGGAGUUAAAUAGAGGGUUGGUUUAUUCGCUGGAAGUCCACGUGCCGCAGAAUCGAACGGCCUUGUUAAUAGAACCUCGUUAUGAUGUGUUGGCUCGCAUCCAUCAACAUUCCCCAUUAUAAAACCCGAUCAGACUUGACCAGAGUGGGUCACAUCAGCCACAGGACAUGCGUGUGAUGUAACUGUGUGAAUGUACAGUACGCAUGUGUACACAUUUGCUGUUGAUUGAAGCUAUGCUUCAAUUUGUUCACUUUUAAGGCUCAAUAAAUAUGCAAAGUUUUACUGCCAGAUUUUUUUUUUUUUGAAUG